AUGAUGGACCAUAAAUAAUAUAAAACCCAAUAGUUAUGCUAUGAUGAGGAUUAAUAAUUGUAUGAGAUCUUUAAAAUUUAGCUUAAGCCCAAACAUAUUGUCCUCCAAAUACUCUAUAUCCUUGAAAAUAGGAAAAGUAAAUAUCUUGUCCUUUUAAGAAAUUAUUUCCAUUCUGGGAUAUUAAUGUAUAUUAUGAAUAUUAGCCAAGAUCUGUAGCAGCAUCAAUAUAUUCUUAUAUUAAAUAAUUGGAAUCUUUAAUGAUAAAUGAAUUUGAUACGUGGAGUUUCAGCAUCAUAAUCAUGGCAAUAUGUACCAACAAUUUUUUAAUAUGGUUAAUCGCAAGCCUCUAUACAUGUACCAUCUUUGUAGAUGUAAUAAUUAAUUUAGCAUUUUGAACAUUAGAAUGGUACUUCACAUAUUAAACAUGGUUAAGGACAAUAUCCUGAAGUAAUUAAAAGAGAUUUGAUUCCCCAUCCAGCUGAAUUAUCACUUAUGUUAUAUAUAAAUAUUUACGUAUAAUUUCCGAUUAUUGAAAUCGAAAAUUCAUCAGCAUAAGGAUUGAUGUAAGCAUAAGUGAUUAAAUCAUAUUAAGUACAUUAAGUGUAAGUUAAAUAUGAUUGUAAGCUGUAGUUAUCAUAUAUUGUGAAUUUAUGA